AGUACAAAGCUGCAUGAAUAUCAUAGUUAAUCAAGAAGAAUGCUUUCCAGACUGCACUUGAUGUGUCUUAAAAUGGUGCAAGUUGCUGUGUCCAUUCUGCUGCUUACAGGUGUAUUGGGAGCACCGUUUGUAUCUGAAGAAGCAGCAAAUGAGUUUAUACAACUUAAAAGACAAACACGAUAUUCUCAGAAUUAUUGGGAUCCAAGCAGCAGCCAGAAUGCAUGGGGUUACACUCUGGCUGAACAGGUUAGUGAAUUAUGGACGGCUUUGAGAACCACAACACAAUACUACAUGGACUUGGGAUCUUUUGCUUUUGGUCCUGCCACUGCCCGGGACCACAUUAGGAAUCUGGGGCUCACCUCCAGCAGCAGAUAAGAAAACACAACUAAACCUAAGCAGUUUCACGUAUCUGCCAAUGUACUGUAUGGGAGGAUCUUUAUCCAGGAGUUGCACUUUUAGCUAUUUGCCACAGCCACAUUUACUUUGUUCUGUACCUUAUUAAGACAUCUAAAGCUGAAACACACACAGUAGCCCCACAAAGUCAUAGUUUGUAUUCAUCAAGUAAAAAAUAUAAUGUUAAAUCAUGCUAAAUUGAACGUAAACGGUGAAGAUGACAAGGCAUCCAUAGUGUUUUAGUAGGACAGGUUAAAAAUUGUUUUUUCUUUUCUUUUUUGACCAAAUGGAUUCCCCCUCUUCCCACUCCUACAAAAUAGUCCAUUUAAAUAAAUGUUGUCAUUCUGGCAACUGAAAACUGGAUGUUUUUCACUUCUUUAACUAAAGACUUUGACAUUUUAGUUACUGAAAACUGAAAUUUUGGUGUUCCAUUUUUUUUGCUAAACCCAAAUUUCAAAGGAAAUUUUUAAAAAGAAAUACUCCCUCCCUCCCCCUUUGGGUGUGUGUUUGAGGAUAGUGAAAAUCAUGUCAGCUCUAGUUUUCACCAUAGGAAGCAAGAACGUUUAAUAUUGUGACCAGUACAUUAGGUGAUUUAGAAUACAGCUUCCACUUCACUACCUCCAAAACUCUGCUUUCAGCAUUGAAAGUAUUGGUCUUGAGCUCUAAAGUGCAAAAUGGUUGAAGUCCGGAUAACCUGAGCGAGCUGCUCUCUACUUACAGGACACCAAUUGUCAACAGUGAAGACACUUAUUUGCAGCACCCUGUUUAACAUGGAUGUGACUAGUGACAAGGCAUUUUCCGUCACAGGUCUCAAAUUCUCUCUUCAGUCCAUCAGCCAAAACUACUUGACCAUCAGGACAUGUAUUGUCUCAGGCUUUUUGGCCAAAAGAAGAAUAGCAUACGUGAAGGAGGGUGGUUUUACUGUGAUAAUUUAGUUUUCCUCCUUGGAUUAAUAAAGCAGAUCAUAUGUAUUGGGGAUUUUCUUAUAGGUACAAGGACCCAGAGCUACAGUGAAGUGACUGCAAACUCUAAAGGAAAUAGUAAAUCUUUUAAAGCUGAAAGACCGUUUUAACAUUUCUGUGUUUUCUAUUGCAUUUUUUUAAAUGUAAAAUAAUUAUAAACUGCAACUGGUUUCCCA